AAGGAGAAGCAGAAGUGUGUGCAAAGCAGCUUGGGGCUGGGGAGUUGAUGGCUCAGAGCAUUUCCUGUUCCCGGAGCCGCGCGUGCCCAGCUGCGCACGGGCUUGCGCCUGCCUGUGCCCAACAGCUCUCUGCAGAGGGCCAGAGACCAGGGCACGUAUCCAGAGACGGGUGGAUGGAGAGGGUCUGAAUGGACUGACAGUAGACGCCAGGAGAGAUACAUGGCCAGCUCCCAAGAGGCACAGAAACAGCUUGGCGUUGGGUGCUCCAGCACAGACCUGCGACUUCCCUUUUCUCGCCAGCGCAAACUGAUUUUUCCUCUGUGUUUUUUGAGUUGCUUUGGUGGUAGCCACUUGGUCCCCUCUUCUUUCGCCCUCCACGAUGGUGAGGUGGUUUCACCGUGACCUGAGUGGGCUGGAAGCUGAAGCCUUACUGAAGGGACGAGGUGUACAUGGGAGCUUCCUGGCCAGACCCAGUCGGAAGAACCAGGGGGAUUUUUCUCUUUCAGUUCGAGUUGGUGACCAGGUAACCCACAUCCGCAUCCAGAAUACUGGAGAUUUCUAUGACCUGUAUGGAGGGGAGAAGUUUGCCACCUUGUCAGAACUGGUGGAGUACUACACGCAGCAACAGGGCUCACUGCAGGACAAAGAUGGAACCAUCAUUGACUUGCGAUACCCGCUCAACUGUUCCGACCCCACUACAGAGAGGUGGUACCAUGGGCAUCUGUCAGGCUCUGCAGCUGAGUCACUUCUCCAGGCCAAAGCCACCCCUUGGACCUUCUUGGUGCGGGAGAGCCUCAGCAAACCUGGGGAUUUUGUCUUGUCCGUGCUCACUGACCAGCUUAAGCCUGGGUCUGAUACUCCAUCAGCUGGGGCAACCAGCGCCUCUGGGGCCCGGCUCAAAGUCACGCACAUCAAGAUCAUGUGUGAGAAUGGACGCUACACAGUUGGAGGUGCUGAAACGUUUGACAGCUUGGCAGAUCUGGUGGAGCACUUCAAGAAGACUGGAAUUGAGGAGGUGUCUGGCUCCUUUGUGUACCUGAAGCAGCCCUACUAUGCUACAAGAGUGAAUGCUGCUGACAUUGAGAAUAGAGUGCAGGAACUGAACAAGAAGAGUCUAACUGAUGAGACAUCCAAGGCUGGAUUCUGGGAGGAAUUUGAUAGCCUGCAAAAACAGGAAGCCAAGCACCUGUUCGACCGUCAAGAGGGUCAGAGACCUGAAAACAAGAGCAAGAACCGGUAUAAGAACAUCUUGCCCUUUGAUCACUCCAGAGUCAUCCUCCAAGGAAGGGACCCAAAUAUCCCUGGAUCUGACUAUAUCAAUGCCAACUAUGUCAAGAACAACCUGAUCAGCCCAGAUGAGCGCACCAAGACCUACAUCGCUAGCCAGGGCUGCCUGGAUGCCACAGUCAAUGACUUCUGGCAAAUGGUGUGGCAGGAGAACACGCGCAUCAUUGUGAUGACGACACGGGAGGUAGAAAAAGGGCGGGUAAGUAGCAGCUUGUCAGUGUCUCGGAGCCGCCCUCUUGUGCCCUUCAGCCACUGCUCUGCUCUUUCUCUUUCCUGCCUUCUGCCCAUCCUCACCCUGCCCUCUCUGCCCACACAGAACAAGUGUGUGCCUUACUGGCCAGAGGUGGGCAGCACGAAGGAAUACGGUCCCUACCUCGUGGAGAACGCUGGGGAGCACGAAGCUUUGGAGUACAAACUCCGGCACCUCUGUGUGUGUCCAAUGGAUAACGGUAAGGCUGUGCGCGAGAUCUGGCACUACCAGUACCUGAGCUGGCCUGACCACGGCGUACCCAGCGAGCCAGGAGGAGUGCUCAGCUUCCUCGACCAAAUAAACCAGAAGCAGGAAAGCAUCCCAGAUGCAGGGCCUAUUCUGGUGCAUUGCAGUGCUGGGAUUGGCCGUACUGGGACUAUCAUCGUCAUUGAUAUGAUAGUGGAAACAAUCUCCACCAAGGGGCUGGACUGUGACAUUGACAUCCAGAAGACCAUCCAGAUGGUGAGGGCCCAACGCUCAGGGAUGGUGCAGACGGAGGCCCAGUACAAGUUCAUCUACAUGGCCAUCUGCCAGUUCAUAGAGACAACCAAGAAAAAGCUGGAAGUUAUCCAGUCUCAGAAGGGCAAGCUGAACGAGUCUGAGUAUGGGAACAUCGCCUACCCCCCUGCAGUGAGGAAUGUGCACGUCAAGGCUUCACGAAAAUCCUCCAAGCAGAAAGAGGAGUCAACGGUUUAUGAGAACUUAGGGAAAAAGGAGGAGAAGGUGCGGAAACAACGCUCGUCAGAGAAGAAGCUGAAAGGCUCACUAAAGAAAAAAUAAGCAUACGUUGCAGGUAGCCCCAUGGGUGUGUGGAACCCGGGGCGCAGGACUGGAGCUCAUGUCCAGGCUGGCCUGUCUCGCAUGCCUUGGUCUUGGACUGGAACUAGGCCUUCCCCUUCUCUUCCAUGCCACUUCUCAUGCCCUGAACCAGACUGCUUUCCAGCUCAGCUGACCGACUUCACUGUUCCUUGCCUGUGCUGCCCCUUCAUCAUUCAUUAACAGGGAAAAAUCACAUACCUUCUUUCCCUUGCUCUCUGAGCACUGGGGCCCAAACUCACCUCUGCUGUGUCAUCUUCAGAGGACUUGAGGAAGAGCUAAGGAAGGUUUUUACAGGAGCGACAUCUCUGCCCACUGCUCUGGGUCAGAGUUUAGCCUGGUAGUGUUCCCUGAAGCCUCGUCUUUUAAAGUCUGGCGUUCUUGGCCCAUUUCAGCUCAGCCCCCCUGAAAUUCAACAGGAAACUUCCUCUUGCCUUAAUACCAAUCCUCUGCCCUGUCAUCCCUUUUCUACUUGAUCCUUUGAUUGGAUGCUGUAAAUAUACCAGAAUUUGACGUGAUGCCUGUGUUUUCUCCUGUGUUUGU